AUGGAAGUUUUUGGUUUGUAAAGUUGUAUAAAUUUCGUUUGCACAUCUCUAGUUCCCACAUUUUCACUUUCGUAGUCUCUUCCUCUCUCUUUCUCUACACACACACACACAUCGAUACACGUACACACCGGCACCGAUACAUACAUGCAUCGUUGUCGAAAUCAAAUUCAAAACCCUAGACAACAACUCCAAAUUGCAAUCGUACAACACCCAUCAUGAGUGACAACAUUACCACGACACCACUCAAUCAAACUCACCAGAACUAAUAAAACUUUCCAAUUUCACUUCAUUUCCGAUCAAUUUCAGAUGUAUAAAAACCAGCUACAAGAGCUCUCACAGAGGAGCUGCUUCAACUUACCAUCCUACUCGUGUGUAAGAGAAGGUCCAGAUCACGCGCCGCGGUUCAAAGCCACCGUUAACUUUAACGGCGAGACUUAUGAGUGCCCUAACUACUGCACCACGUUGAGACAGGCCGAACAUUCUGCUGCUGAGGUGGCUCUUAAUGCUCUUGCUAAUUCUGGCCCUUCUAGUUCUCUCGCUGCUAGAAUAUUGGAUGAAACAGGGGUAUACAAGAACCUUUUGCAAGAGGUUUCUCAAAGGGUAGGAUCGUCAUUACCAACAUACACAACUUUUAGGUCUGGCCUCGGUCAUUUUCCUGUUUUCACCUGCACUGUCGAAUUGGCCGAUUGCAUAUUUACAGGCGAGCCCGCAAAGAACAAGAAGCAAGCUGAAAAAAAUGCCGCCAUGUCAGCUUGGUCAUCCCUCAAACAUAUGGCCCAACAAUCCGAAAAUUCAUCGUUACAAAAAGGGAACAUCGAGGAGCAAGAACACGUUACAGUGGCUCGUGCUUUACAGAAAUUUAGAUUAAAGGCGAAAAUGUCGAAUAUACCCUUGCCAAUUCACUUUCCAGCACCAAAACCGAAACUAGUUAACACACAAUCAACUUCAUCCACAACAUCAAAAAUACUUCCUUUUAUAUGCCCUAAAACGACACGUGGAAAUAGGCCUAGUUUAACCGCAUCGAAUAACGUCCAAACAAGCAUGAAAACCGAAAUCCCGAUUGCAGCCCGACCACACAAGUUCCCUGCAGUUGAAGCCGUACCAUACAUUCCGGUGCGACACUUCAGGGCUCAUCAUGGGAUCACGCCACCUGUCACUAUACGUAAUGUGAUUCCUGUUUUCUCCGCUCCGCCGCGUCAUCCUCCGCAGUUUAGGAUGCCGGUGGUGCGUACUGCGCCGCCUCCAGUCACUAUUCGACAAGCGGUACCUGUUUUCUCUGCUCCUGAAGCUGCCAUCAAGGCGGUGGCUGCCAACAUACGACCGAUUGAAGAGAAGGUGAAUAAAGAUCCUGUGGCGGAUUUGAAGGAUCCUAUGAAGCCGCUUGCCACGUCAUCACCGCCACUAACCGGACCAGCAGAUAGUUUGCAGUUGCUAAAGGAAGAAAAGAGCAAAGUGCAAGAUUCUGAAGUAGUAGAGAAGCUGAAAGAGCUACAAAUUUGAUACUUGAGGUAGGAUUUUGUACUGUUUUAUAUUUUUAUUAUUAUUAUUAUUGUUAUUCUAGAUAAGGUUUUAUUUUCUGGAACUUAAAUGUAGGAUAUGAUAUUCUUAUAUAAAGAUCUAAAUCAGGCUGUUGUGAGUAGUAA